AACUUCGGUGAAGAGAAACGGUGCUGGCCAAUCAGAGUCCGCGAAUGGACUUCAAACUUCAAAAUUUCAAUGGUGCAUUUUUCUACCAACCUCCGCGAAUAAAUAGCGAAAAAAUGUCGUUUUUAUUGUUGUUAAAAUCGAGAAAAACAUUGUCCAGACCCAGUGCGAGCUCAAGCCGUUAGUGUGCAGCUGAGGGGACCGUGAAAACAAACACUGAUUGUGUGUGGUUUCCUGUUGAUGUAACCCUAAACUUGGGGCCAAAAUGGACGAAAAUAACGCUCAAAUUCAGGCGCAGGGUUCUGUGUGCAGCGACUCUACGGCCGAGGAGGCCCACAAAAGCGACGACUAUGACCGUCGCAUUUGUCUUAUCGGAGGCCUGGCCAACGAUUCUGGCCUGCAGUCAGUGGCCGAGAGCUUCGAAGUGCCCGUAGUCCAUUCGCAGGACGGCAGAGAGUACAUGAACGAUACGGCCUGCUGUACGUACUACAUAAUCGACAAUUUCGACGGCAGCCUCUUCAACAGCCUGUGCAAGUGCAGGCAGAUCAUCUUGGGGCCUCCGGCCCUUCAGCAGCUCGGUAGGAAGGACCCGAAAGAACUGCCCGACAACACCAGGCCGCUGUUCAAUCUGGCCAUGCGGGGCGUUGUUGUGUGCUUUACGGGGUUUCGGAAUAAGGACGUUUUGACGAAACUAGUGCCGCUCAUCCACCACAUGGGGGGCUCAAUAAGGCGCGACAUGACCGCCAAAGUGACCCAUCUGAUUGCCAAUAGUUGCGGGGGUGACAAAUAUCAGUACGCCUCCACCUUCAAGGUGCCUGUGAUGAACCUGCAAUGGGUUCUGGACAGCUGGGAGCAGAACCGCUGGGAUCUGGAUUUCAGCGCUUCGCAGGAAAUGUUCAUGAACAUCUACCGCUUGAAGCCCUUCCACGGCGCCAAAGUGUGCUUCCUGGGUUUCCCAGAGGACGAGGAACAUCACAUGACGGAAGUGCUUUUGUCCAAUGGAGGCACCGUCACAACACUGGACGACCCCAAUUGCAGCCACGUGGUAAUGGAAAGCGCGGAGAUGUACCGAUUGGAAGCUGCCAAUACCCCGCUAUCCCCCAAACUGAAAUCCAACCUUAAAUCGUUCCUAUCAGAGCCGGCCGGAUUGCCGGCGCUCAAAACCCCGAACAACAAUAGCAUUGCUGACAUCAGCUGCCUGCCGGGCAGCUCCAGCACCGUGUGCUUGGAGACUUUGCAGGAAGUUUCGCGCAACGAUGAUCUGGUCAGUGUGAUGGACAGUAUUUGCUUUGAGGACCAGUCGCUGAAUCUGUCGGUGAAGCGCAAGCGGAAGUUUGUAUCGCCCGAUAAUACUCUGGUGAAGAGAAAGCGCGACAAAUGCUACAGCGAGCGUCGCAAGCGUGUCAGCAACUUCUUCAAGACACCGAUCAGCUACUUUUCCAAUCGGCGGCGCACCAUAGACGCCUCCAGCUUCGAUCAUUCCCUGAACGACAGCGUCGUUUCCACUUCCACAGUGUUCACUACCGAUGCUGUCGACAAUCUCAACACCUGUCUGGACUGCGAGACCACGCCGCGCCCCAAAUUGCGAAAAUCGAAGAAGAAUCUCUUCACCAGAACGUUCAGUUCGUCGCGCUUCGCUCGCCCCAAGUCUAGCAAGAGCCUGAUGACCUCAUUCGGCGCCGAAGACGACUCGAAGCUCAAUGCUAGUUGUUUCCCGGACAUUUCCCUCAAUCCUCACUCCCUUCAAAGCGAUAAUGGCAGCGAAAAUGCAGCGGCCUCCAGGACCACGUCUGCUCUUGCGGUGGUGGACGAGGCGUCCGUAGUGGAGCGUCCCGACGUUACGGGCCCGCGCGCUUUCGUGGUCAAGGCCGAGUGGUUUUGGACGUCGGUGCAGAAGGAGUGCAGUCUCGACGAGAAGGAGUAUCUCUUCGACGACUACAUCGAGCACAUUGUCUCGCCAGCCGCCAGGCGGGAUAGUCAUGCCACCCCGAGCAGCGCCAGCAGGAGGAAACGCAAGAGACUUCACGACACGCUGCAGUCACUGGUGCAGCAGACGCAGUCGCCGGCGCUGCACAAGCGCCGCUCUUCCGUGAGCGACGCUGGGCGUCUCAGCGUCUCGGGCUCUUUCCUCGAUUGCACCGCUAGUCCGGCCGAACCGGGCAUUGUAGAAGGCGGCGACGCUCAAGUAGAAUCGCCGCGCAAAAAUGUCACCACCCGUCAGCAGGUGGUGCUCGAGCUGCUGGAGACCGAGAAGAACUACGUGGAAAUCCUGCGCACCAUCGUCAGCCUGUUCAAGAACUACUUGGAACUGAUGCCGGACGAGGAGGCUCUGCUCAACAACACCGAGUUGAAUCUCAUCUUCGGCAAGUUGCCGCCCAUCUACGAGACCCACGUGAAAAUCCUGGAUGAGUUGCGCUGGACUAUCGCCCAUUGGCACGAGGAGCGCAGCAUAGGCAACAUCAUCAUCAAAUACUCGACGGAACUGCAAAGGGCCUACCCGCCGUUCAUCAACUACUUCGAGGAGAUGAAGGAGGUGCUGACCAGCUGCGACCAAUCAAAGCCGCGCUUCCACGCCUUCCUCAAGGCGAUGCAGACGAAGCCGGAGUGCGGCCGCCAGAGUUUGCAGGAGCUGAUGAUCCGGCCUGUGCAGAGAUUGGGCAGCAUCAGCCUGCUGCUCAAAGACAUUCUCAAGCACACGGCAAAGACCAAUCCGGAUCAUGCGGCCGUCGAAAAGGCGCUGGCAGCCUUACGCGAAGUGAUGGCGCACAUCAACGAAGACAAGCGCAAGGCCGAAGGCCAGGUCACAUUGUUCAACAUCUUCAACGAGAUUGAUAACUGCCCGCCGGACAUUGUGUCGUCGCAUCGCAGCUACAUAACGAAAGUGGAAGUGGUCCAGCUGUCCUCCUCGGAAGGCCUCUCGAGCAAAGGCAGCAGUUUGGUGUUGUUCGUGUUCAGCGACCAGCUGGAGGUGUGCAAGAAAAAGUCGAAGACCACAAUGAAGAGUCCGUCGGCCAGCGGCUUUCAGUUGCAGGGCCGCCCCAACGUGAAACUCUAUAAGCACGUGAAGAUGAUGAACUUGAACACCAUAAAGAGGGUGAUAGACAUUAAGGAGACUGAGGCCUGCCAGAAGGUGUUCAGCUUGGUAUGCAAAAGCAGCGAGGAGAGCAAGGAGAAGCUGUUCUCGUUUGCCAUGACCGAUGAAUACCCGGAUAAGGUGGGCUUUUUGAAGUUGCUCACCAGAACGAUGGCCAACAAUGUCUGCUCGGCUGAUGCGGACAAGUUCAUGGCCUAUCUGGAGCCGCAGCAGUUGGACAUCGACACCAACGAUAUAACCAACGGCACCCUGUCCAAGUACCUGAACUUUGCCAAAUCGCGACUGAAGGUGGGCCGAACGUUCUCGUUUAACAAGUCCACGCCCUCGAAGUUGAAGCGAGCGGUGAGCUCGAUGAUGUCGCCCUUUGGCAGCUCCACGAAUCUCACUCCUGCCUCUCAGUUGGCCAACAUGCGGCUUGCCAGCUACAGUAACAUUAAUGAGCUGGCGAAUAAUGGAGAAAACUCGGAUGAGUCGCCACCAACAGCACCAAUGUCAGUACAACCCACCCGCAAGGCGAAGGCGGCCUCGCUAGGCGCCAACGCUUUUCAACGGUUAUAGCGGCGGUUUUCCCCCGAUCUAUGACUCUUGUACAUAGUCUUUACACGUUUAAGGUUCACUCUAGCGUAGAAGAAUGAUCUGAAUCAUGGGGCUUGUCGGCCGUUCAAGAAAUGAUUUGUUUUGUCCCCUAUAGUCGCUUUGUCCUAACUGAUGGGCCGAUUACCGCAUGAUAAUCGGUCUAGGAGUCAGGCGUGAAAACUGCUUCGAGUUUCUUGAACGCCGCAUGCGAAUCGUGCCCGAUACGGACUCAAAUUUAAGACAAUUAUUAAUUAAGUGUAAAUGUUUGUCAGUUGGGGCCCAUUGAGGCUGCGCCCCCCGAUCGCCUACUUCCUCUUUGCGCCCGGAAUUGUAUUAUAUUUAUUGGGCUUACAAGUUGGGAUGUCGUCGAAGACUUGUAGUUUUUUACUGUGUUAUGGACCUCAUAGAUAUUACGGACAAUAAAUAAUUUAUGCAGCUUGAA